CCCUCACUCGAAUAUUGACUCCCACAAAUACACACUACAUUUCCCAUCAACCUGGCACUGAUUACGUUGCCCAGCUGCAGCUCAUUCACUGGCCUAUAUAAACUGUUUCUUCACCAGUCCUCUUUGCGAGGUCUUGUAUUACUACGGUUUGCAUUUGCCUGCCUGUUGUGACCCAGUUUGUUUCCCCAUUUACGAUUCCCUAUUUACGAUUCCCUGCUGCCUGCCUAUUGGACUAUUUGCUUUGUGUUUGACCUGUGAUUGUUCUCCGCCUGCCCUGAUCUCCUGCCUGUUUAACGACCACGACUUUGUCUGCUCUCUGUUGCUGUGUCUGCUGGUAUCUGACCAUUGCCUAUUUGACUCAGAUUUUAAUAAAGCCUGCUUAUGGAUCCUACUUCAAGUGACGAGUCGUUACACUCUGGUUACACUCACACCGCCCCAAGCAGGGAUUCGAACCAACGUCACCGGCAUGGGAUGCGGAUGCACUAACAAGGAUGCUAAAUACCGCGGCCUCUAGCAUGCCGCUUAAAAGCAACAUCACCCAACAUCCUCGUCUUCUGCAUCCCCUUCAGUUACUGAAGACAUAAAUAUUCAAACACCUCUCAUUAUAUGAAGGCUAUUGACUACUUCAGUGAAUUCUACAAUGAACUCUACAAUGAGUUCAACUAUACAGAAUACCAGAAUGACACCGAAUUUGUUCCGAAUGACAAUACGCUGCUCUGCUCCUCCGUCGCUUUUGGGAAAGCCAUCAACAUUUCAUUCUGUGUCUUCUACAUGCUCAUCUUUCUGACGGCUAUUCCUGGGAAUCUGAUCGUCGGCUGGGUCAUCGGCUCUAACAGACGCUCACUUUCUGCUUCGGAUAUUUACCUAUUCAACCUGAUGCUGGCCGACACAUUACUGGCUCUUAUUCUGCCCUUUUCGGCGAUUACUGUGAUCCACGGUUGGGUGUUUGGUGAUGUUUUAUGCAAGAUGGUUAGCCUGGUGAAGGAAGUGAACUUCUACACCAGCAUCUUGUUUUUGGUGUGCAUCAGCGUGGAUCGCUACUUGGUCAUCGUACGGGCUAUGGAAUCCAGGAAGGCUCAGAGGUUACUGUGCAGCGGGGUUGUCUGUGCAUUGGUGUGGCUUUUGGGAUGUGUGCUGUCCUUGCCGUCAUUCUACAACGAGGCAUUUUACGUGGAAUUUUCUGAUCAGACUAUUUGUGCAGAACGCUUUGAGACGGACCACGCCGACGAGUGGCGACUGGCCACACGUAUCAUGAGGCACCUGCUUGGUUUCCUUCUCCCUCUGGUGGUCAUGUUGAUCUGCUACAGCGUGACAGUGGUGCGGCUCUUGCGUACGCGUGGUUUCCAGAAGCACAGAGCCAUGAAGGUGAUUGUAGCCGUGGUUGUGGCUUUUCUUCUGUGCUGGACCCCCUUCCAUGUUUCCACGAUAGUUGACACCCUCCUUAGGGCCAAAGUGGUUAACUUCAACUGUUUGACACGGACAUCGGUGGACAUCGCCAUGUUCGCAACUCAAAACCUUGGCCUUCUGCAUUGCUGUGUGAACCCAGUGCUGUACGCCUUUGUGGGAGAGAAGUUCAGAAGAAGGUUUCUGCAUAUGCUCUAUAGAAAAGGAGUUCUGGAUCGGUUCUCCGUCUCCAGAUCUAGUAGGUCCUCCUCUCUGACCUCAGAAGUCACUUCCAGCUUCCUGUGAGCUAUACUGCCUAGCAAUGGACAUCAAUGUAUGUGGACUGCAAGACACUUAGUGCACCUUUCUUUGUUUGCUUGAAAUACAACAACACUUUGUUGUAGGGCAGGGGUGUCCAAUUAUGUUCCUGGAGGGCCACUUUCCGCCAGCCCUAAUUCAAGACAUCUGAACCAGAUAAUCAAGGUCUUCAGGAUUACUAGAAAUUUCCAGGCAGUUUUUGUUGGAACUAAACUCUAAUAAGCUCUGCAGGAAAGUUGCCCUCCAGGAGCAGGAUUGGAAACCCCUGUUCUAGAGGCUAAUUGCCGUAAUGCGUUGGCUCCCUCUAUUGGUCACAAAAAGCGAAACCCAUUAUAGGGUGAGAAGAAAAUGUUUGCUGCAGUGGUGACAUAUUUUUGUAGGCCAACUUGGAUGCUAGCAUCGGCAAAAACCCAAUAGGAUUUUUCCAUUGGGUUGUUGGAUAGUUCUCAUGCUCUGUGAUCAACAAAAAUAUGAUUCUUACAAGUAUUGUUCAUCAUGAUAAUCUUCACAAAUUAACUCAACCGUUAUGAAUUUUGAAGCCUAAAUACAAUCAGUAGAAGUAAAAAGCUAAAGUUAAGCUAUAAAUGAACUACACUAUGGUCACAUGACUUCAACGCCACCACCAUUUAGUUUCCGGUCACUCUUUAAAGUUUUCCUUGAAAGUUUGAAUUAGAAUAGUUUGCGAGAACUAUAAACACAAUGAAGCUGUGAAAGUAGACUAGUGAGUAGAUGAGUUUUCAUGUCUGGCAUGAUGACAUUUAAUGUCCCUGACAAUCUCUACAGUCCCAUUGAGCCACUUGUUAGCAACCACCUUUUUCAAGACAAGUAAAAGCUUUAAAAAAUAGGUCAUAGAGUAAAACGUGAAAAUAUCUUGAGCUUGUGUUCAUUACAGACCUUAUUUCAGGCAUUUACCUAAAAAUCCAUUCAAAAAACCCAUUGACUUUGGGACAAUGGAACCAGAAGUGCUAAAAUGCAACUCAUUUCCAGGUUUUGGCCUUCAAAAUUAAUAAUCAUCCCUGCAGCACUUUAUUGUUUGGCUGAGCUUCAAAAUGUUUAAGAAUCAUAUACGGAUCAUCAUUGCUCAGACGGUGGGUUAAUGAUCUGAAUAAAACCCUUAAUCUAAAGGUACGGUCACAUAGCGAAAUGUUGGUCAAAUGUCGCAGCCAAAAAAGGUCUACUGUCAACAGUUUAGAGAUGAGAUGUAUGACUCACAACUUACACAGAAGUUAAGUCACUUUCAAAUCAAGCAAUUUUCUGUUGGUCAACUCUGAAAAUUUGUGUGAACAACUUGAACCCUUUGCGAAAAAUCUGUUUUGCGAAAUCUUUUACCCUCACACAAAAUUCCCAAUUGCAUAUUCCUAUUGAAAUGACUGUAUUUUGCCUAAGAAAAUUCAAGGAACAAUGAUAAUGUGACAGCACCUUAAGUAUUCAACAUUGGCAUGCAAGUUGUGCAUUACGGACAAGAAUAAAACCUCAACUAACUCUUUUAAUAAAAGGGACUGGCACUUUUCAAAGUUUUUGCAAUUUUUGCCUGGCAAAUGACAACGCAAGUGAAGAAACCCAUAUAUAGAUAUAUGUUUUUUUCUAUUUAUGAGAUUAUAGUCUGAAAUGCACUUCAUCAAAAUGCAUCAUACUUCUUUUCAAAAUGCAUUAUGCUGUACUGUUUUCCUCCAUACUUUAUGAAAGUUACAAUUCUUCAUUUCAUUCAGGGCAUUCUGGAGAGGGACAUUAUAUUAUUGUACUCAUGAAGUGUCUAUGGUGCAAUGGUUUAUCAGCCUUAAAUGAAUGCAAUGACAGGAAAACCUCUCCAGGACUUCAAAUGGAUGUACUGUUUGAUUUUUCAUGCUCGUUUGUAAGUUUAAAAAAUAAAAAUGUUAUGAACA